UGUUUGUCCUGAGAAAAGAGAGAUUUCGUAGACUACACCAUUCGUUUGACUAUUUACGAAUGACAGUCAUGUUCUUUUUAUGAGCUAGCCUAUCCAGACCGCUUAUGGAACACUGUUAAAUGAGACUAGAAUAUCUGCAUUGCAUUGACUGUCUGUGGAGCCCUACGAUCGAGCGCACCACCCAGUCGAGACCCAGUCGAGACAGUAACGCAUGAUCACAAACAGAUGUCAGGCAUUUUUGAAGAAACAUUUAAUGUUUUCUGUACCAUCAUCAGCCUUGCAAAAUACCAGAAGGUAGAAGAUUUUUAUUCUACAAUUAAUAAUCAAAUCACGGUCCGUCCGGAAUUGUAGCCUAUUUCCAUACUUUCUAUUUAUAAGGAGGCAAUGCUUCUCGACCAAGACCAAUGACAUUUGUGCUGUGGCCGCAGCGAAGUAGAUUUGUAAAAAUACCGUAAAUACAUUUGGACAAUUGUCUUCUCGAAUGCUUUCACGGUAAACAUGUGUCAUUGAUUCUGAAUGGUGCGGCGAGAGAAGGAUAAUUCUGUGGUUUUUGGCACCAGCGGAUGCUGCGCCGGAGAAUGGGAUACGCCGACCCUACGUCGGGUAGAGAUUUACUCGGCAAUAGGUCGCUUUGUUUUAUAUUCAUUUGCGCAUUUGGACUGGUUACACUUUUACAACAGAUUCUCUAUGGAAAAAACUACAUUAAAAGUGCGCAACAGUUUAGCCGACUCAAAGGAGACGAGACAGGAAAUUGGACCGGUCCUGUAAAUUUCUUGGAUGAUGGAUCUCUGAAGCCUGCCAGGAAUGGGAAGAAAAGAUGUUUCCGUCAGAAUUUUCAGCCAGAUUCACAGAUCUCCGUAAUAGUCACACCCUGCCUAGCCGAUAUUAAGAAGAAAAAAAAACGCUCUCAAAGGUAUCUGGACUCAUACGAUGGAUCCUAUGACUACAACUCCACUGCAUGCAAAGAGCUCAGGCAGGAGAUUAUGGAUGUCAAAGUCCUGACCAUGGUGAAGACGUCGGAGCUGUUUGAGAGAUGGAGGAACCUGCAGGUGUGCAAGUGGCAGCAAAACAUGGUGGAGACCAACAACUUCAAGAUGUCUCUGUCGCGGUGUUGUAAUGCACCCUCCUUCCUGUUCACAACCAAGAGGAACACUCCAGCAGGCACCAAGCUGAGGUAUGAGGUGGACACCAGUGGCAUCCUGCCCAUCAGUACUGAGGUCUUCAAGAUGUUUCCUGACGACAUGCCAUACUCCAAGUCUCAGUUUAAGAAAUGUGCAGUUGUUGGAAACGGAGGUAUCAUCAAGAACAGCAAAUGUGGGAAGGAUAUUGACUCCGCAGAUUUCGUGUUUAGAUGCAACAUACCACCCAUCAACGAGAAGUACUCAGCUGAUGUAGGCGCCAAAACGGAUCUGGUGACGAUUAAUCCAAGUAUUAUAACGGAGAGAUUCCAGAAGCUAGAGAAGUGGCGGCGACCAUUUUACGAGGUUCUUCAGAACUACGAGAACUCGUCAGUGGUCCUACCCGCCUUCUACAACACGCGUAACACUGAUGUCUCCUUCCGGGUCAAGUACAUGCUGGACGACUUUGACUCCCAGAGGGGUGUGUUCUUCUUCCACCCCCAGUACCUGCUCAAUGUCCAGCACUUCUGGACUGUCCAGGGUGUCCGUGCCAAACGCCUCAGCAGCGGCCUGAUGCUAGUCACUGCCGCCAUGGAACUGUGCGAGGAGGUCCACCUCUAUGGCUUCUGGGCGUUUCCCAUGAACCCCUCGGGCAUUUUCAUCACGCACCAUUACUAUGACAACGUCAAGCCCCGCCCUGGGUUCCACGCCAUGCCCCAUGAGAUCUUUAACUUCAUGCACAUGCACACGCGAGGUAUCCUCAAUGUACACUCAGGACCUUGCACAUGAUCGUGCACCGGAGCCACGCCCACAAUGUAAUGCAUCGUGGGAAGUCACCAUUUACUCCUGUUUUUGUCUCGGUUCUUAAUUUAUCAUCAAUUUGCAUAUAUUAAUUUAGAUACACUGGUGUUUUCUUACAGUUGACGAGAGAUGGCCUUUUGAGCUCACACCGUAUAUAUUUGUGCUUUUUACACUAGCUCCAUGUGUUGAAGGUUGCUUGCUUUCAUGCCAACACUAUAAUUUCUCUUGAUGUGUUUCUUACUCUCUUGCUGAAUAAGCAACUUCAAUGGCCGCUGGUAUCUCAGAUUCUGUAGGUUGCUUGUUCUAUUGUGAAGUGAUCUUUCCUAGUGAUGUCGUUUCUGUGAAAUCUUAGUGGCUCGGUGGUACUGCUGUACAGAGGUUUGAACUUAACGUUAUGCACAACUAUUUACACGGAAAUAAGGCCACUCUGUGUGUCCCUCACCUCCUCCUGUACUUUCUCUUUGCCGCUUCCUGUGUUCCUCAUGCUCUCUUUCUCAGACACUCUGUAGGUGUGGCAGCUUUUAUUUAUGUCUGUGUAAAAACCCUCAACACUAUUGACGUUGAUGAGGGAAUCCAAAAUAAAUGUUCAAAGGUCCAACUGUUUAACCUUCAGUUGUCCAGCUUCAUUCAACUGUUUUAUAUGGGUAAAUAUGUAUUAUAAAACACUGUUAACACUCCUGACCUGAGAGGACCUUUUUUAUAGGUCCACUUUCUUCUGUUACAACUAACUAGCCAAACACUGGAAGAUAUCCUUGGAUAUUUCUGAUGUGAAAUGGUUGUGUUUUAUUUGCUUGCUGUUUUUGAACAAAGGUGAGAUGAUUAAUAUUUUAUAAUCACCACCACCAUAGUAGGCCACAUAGUCAGAAAAACACCCUGGCCCAAGUUCCUGGGCACUGUUGACCAAUCUGAUUUCUCUCUGUCAUCCAUGUCUUAAAACCAUGCUGCCUUAAGAUAUAAAUGUACAAAUCCUCUCUCAGAUAUGCAAUUCACCCCUGAAUUGCUUAUCUAAUGGACGUUUGCAUCAAACAAACUCUUGUUCUUAAUGUCAGCUGACUCACCAUAAUAACCAUGACAAGAUGAGGUUCACUUCUCCUGUUUAAUGACUAAAUAUAAUAUAAUUCCUGUAAGAUAUAAUGCUAUUUGCAUACUCAUGUGAUGCUUUGCAUGAUUCUACUAUAUUCUCUGUUUUGUGUGUACCUGCAACCAACACAUGUUUACAACGACCAGCUUCUGCUAAAGCUCACAGAUCAUUGGGAGAGAUUAGUUUAAUUCAAAUGAUAUUACAUUUAUCAUCAAUUGCACACAAGGCCCAAACGAAACUUGAUUUUCGCUUUUAACCCAACCCUUCUGAAUAGGAGAGGUGCAGGGGGCGGCCACAUUGGGCACCCAGGGAGCUGUUGUUGUGGGGGGUUAACUGCCUUGCUCAAGGGCAGAACAACCUUUCGGUUACUGGCCCAAUUCUCUUACCGCUAGGCUACCUGAAACCUUAUAUCAACCUUGAAUGGAUUUUAAAAGAGAACUGAUCGACAGAGGCACUUUUUCACAGAUGAUGGAAAGGAAUUACUAAUAUCGCUCCCUUUUGAAAUUAUAUGAUUUUUGUUAUCAUUAUUAUCACUGGAUCGUGUCAUUUCCCUUUUUGCAAUGUGACAAAGUUGUAACCUUGAAAGCAUCAUGGAUCUCAGCCUUGUAAUGCUGUAUGUUUGUUUAUAUUAGUAUUUGUUGUGUUUAACUGUGACAGAGUGGAGGAACAUUACUGAACUGGAAACAUAGGGUCAUUCUUCUGUACAUGCUGUGCAAUGCCUUUUGAUUUUUGUAACGCCCCAAAUGCCCUUGAUCUUCCAUGAUCACUCCUAAAGUCUUUGGAAGAUUGUUAGUUUGACUUGUAAUUCAAAGUCACAGAGAUCGAGUGAAAAAGACACAAUGCACAAAAGAAGUUAUCCGUAUGAGCACAUUAAAUAAUUUCAAGUUUGAGUCUCAGACUCACAAAAGAUCAUGAUUUUAUAGAGUAAAAAAUAACUAGGUAGAAUAAUCAGUCCGAAAAUGAAAGGAUGGAAUUAUUAGAGCUUGGAUGUAAUUAUUACAGUUUGAACAGUGAUAUGAACCCUACAUUCUGGGUCAUUCUUUAUAUUGUGUUUGUAAAUAAACAUGUUUGGAUUUUC